AUGGUCUUCCGAUUUUUGAUCUUUAUUGUGCUGGCAGUUACUGUCCAUGCAGUGUUUUUAAGUGAUGAAGAAACAACGAACGGAAAUGGUCGCAUUAUGGGGGGAACUGCUCAAACUUUCACAGCAAUGGCAUCGAUAAGAGUUUUUGCACUUCAAGGAGAUUUUCAUGUGUGCGGUGGAUUCAUUGUUUCACCACAAUUCGUUGUCACUGCUGCUCAAUGUACCCACCAGAGAGUUGCUUCUCUAUUAAGAGUUCGUGUUGGAAGCAACUCCAUUAAUCCACCCAGGUUACAUCAGAUCAGAUGUAUUCGUUAUUUUAAUGAUUCAGCUGGCUCUUUUAACCCUACGACAAAAGAAAAUGACAUAGCUUUGCUUCGAAUGGAAACAAAUAUUGUCCUUGAUGCCACAACAUCGGCAAUAGGCAUGGCGAUGCCAAAUUCGUUUAAUGAUCCUCCGGUAGAUGUUCAUAUUUUCGGUUGGGGAGCUACUACCGCAGGUGGAGCUUUACAAACUACUUUACGCAGAGGUAUUUUCAGAGUUGCAUCACUGGCCAAUUGCAGAUUGAAUUUUCCAGCUGUUGUACGCAGUUCAAUCUUGGAUAGUCAUAUGUGUACUUCUUGGGCUGGUCGUGCAACUUGUGCAGGUGAUAUUGGAGGUCCAAUUGUGCAUCAAAAUCAAGUUGUUGGAAUUGUCUCAUGGGUUGAUCCAUGUACGGGAGGACAAGUUAAUGUUAAUACAAGAAUGUCUGUUUUCUCGACAUGGAUAAAUACAGCAAUCUUUGUUACUCAGGAAUGCCCAAAGUAUAAAAGAGUAAGCCUGAAAUAUUUCACCAUUCAGUUUUUUAAACAAUUUCAUUCAAUCAAAAUGGUCUUCCGAUUUUUGAUCUUUAUUGUGCUGGUAGUUACUGCCCAUGCAGUGCUUUUAAGUGAUGAAGAAACAACGAACAGAAAUGGUCGCAUUAUGGGGGGAACUGCUCAAACUUUCACAGCAAUGGCAUCGAUAAGAGUUUUUGCACUUCAAGGAGAUUUUCAUGUGUGCGGUGGAUUCAUUGUUUCACCACUAUUCGUUGUCACAGCUGCUCAAUGUACCCACCAGAGAAAUCCUUCUCAGUUAAGAGUUCGAGUUGGAGGUAACACCAUUAAUCCACCCAGGUUACAUCAGAUCAGAUGUAUUCGUUAUGCUAAUGAUUCAGCAGGCUCUUUUAACCCUACGACAAAAGAAAACGACAUAGCUUUGCUUCGAAUGGAAACAAAUAUAACCUUUGAUGCCACAACAUCGGCAAUAGCCAUGGCGUUCCCUAAUACAUUUAAUGAUCCUCCGGUAGAGGUUAAUAUUUUUGGUUGGGGAGCUUCUACUACAGGUGGAAACUUACAAAAUACUCUACUACGAGGUAUUUUCAGAGUUACAUCACUGGCCAAUUGCAGAUUGAGUUUUCCACCUGUUAUGCGCGGCUUAAUUUUGAAUAGUCAUAUGUGCACUGCUUGGGCCGGUCGUGCAACUUGUACAGGUGAUGUUGGAGGUCCAAUUGUGCAUCAAAAUCAAGUUGUUGGAAUUGUGUCUUGGGUUGAUCCAUGUACGGGAGGACAAGUUAAUGUUAAUACAAGAAUGUCCGACUUCUCGUUUUGGAUAACUACAUUAAUGCUUACGAAUCCUGAAUGCCCCAAUAUUUAAUAAAGUGAAAUAAAUAUGUGUAACAAAUUUACAUACAUGAUGUAUAAAAGUUAUAACAAUAAAGCAAAUUAUUGAAUUGCAUUAUCACUUUCACAUGAAAUAUUUUUCUAAGAAUUUGAAGUGCAAAAAUCAA